AUGGAUCUUAACCACGACGGAACUAUCGACACCAUGGAAGCGGCUACCGCAAGAAAAGAGCACGGCGCUGGGGUUAUCGAUAGCGUCCUGGCCGUUGCUGACGUAAAUGGCGAUGGACAACUCACGUUUGAAGAAUUCAAAGCUGAGCUGAACUACAACAAGCCAAAGAGUAGAAAGGAGACCAACAAGGAGAUGGCCUACCAAGUACUAAACUACAUUGAUCAGAACAGGGAUGGUAAACUAUCUGCACAAGAAAUUCGCGAGUUUGCUUCGGCGUACAAUAAG